GAUUCUGCUUGAGUUCCUGAUUUUGUUUAAUCAGAUAGUGUUGUUCGUCUUGAUCUAUCGCUACUAGAUUUGUUGUGCGUUUGUUUUCUUUGCUGAUAAUUUACAGUUUCUCGGCUUAUGAUCUCGAGGUAAUGGCCAUAGAGCCUUUGCACCUGGUUUUUAUACUGCUGUGUUUCAGUAUUGGUGCAGUGACAAGAAAUUGAUUGUCAAAGGAAGAUUAUUUGCUUUUUCUCUGAAGAGAGGAGACGAGAAAAAUGGCAAAGAUGAUAAACAAGACGCUUGUAUUAACUUAUAUCUACUUGCUGAUCUACAUUAUACUUUCUUCUGGAGUUAUACUGUACAAUAAGUGGGUUUUAUCCCCAAAAUACUUCAAUUUCCCACUUCCUAUAACGCUGACAAUGAUCCAUAUGGGGUUUGCUGGAUUCGUGGCUUUCCUUCUUAUUCGCGUCUUCAAGGUUGUUGCUCCGGUUAAAAUGACAUUUGAAAUAUACGCAACCUGUGUGGUACCUAUAAGCGCAUUCUUUGCAUCAAGUCUCUGGUUUGGCAAUACUGCAUAUUUGCACAUUUCUGUUGCCUUCAUUCAGAUGCUGAAAGCUCUAAUGCCAGUAGCGACAUUCAUCAUGGCAGUUGUGUGUGGCACUGACAAACCAAGGUGCGACGUGUUCUCGAACAUGUUGCUGGUCAGUGUUGGAGUUGUGAUAUCCUCUUAUGGGGAAAUUCAUUUCAAUAUAGUUGGCACAGUCUAUCAGGUGACAGGCAUCUUUGCUGAAGCACUUAGACUGGUGCUAACUCAAGUUCUUCUCCAGAAGAAGGGUUUGACAUUGAAUCCUAUUACCAGCUUGUACUACAUAGCUCCUUGCAGUUUUGUUUUUCUGGCCUUGCCUUGGUAUGUGUUAGAGAAACCCACAAUGGAAGUUUCACAGAUCCAAUUCAACUUCUGGAUAUUUUUCUCCAAUGCGCUAUGUGCUCUUGCCUUGAACUUCUCCAUAUUCUUAGUAAUCGGGAGAACAGGUGCAGUAACCAUCCGGGUGGCUGGUGUUCUCAAAGACUGGAUUCUUAUAGCCCUCUCAACCGUCAUUUUCCCCGAGUCCACAAUCACUGGGUUGAAUAUCACUGGAUACGCAAUAGCGCUAUGUGGUGUCGUCAUGUACAAUUACAUAAAAGUAAGGGAUGUGAAGGCGUCUCAACCAACUGCUGACAGUCUUCCAGAUCGAAUAAAUAAGGAGUAUAAGAUGGAGAAGAAGUCUUCGGAUAAAUUCAAUCCUAAUGACAGUGUGGAGAUUCCAAGAGUAGGAGGCGAGGUAAACGACGAGGAAGCCCCUUUGAUCACAUCCCGGUUGUCUCAUAUUGGUCGGACGCAGCUCGGAAAUCAUGCGGCUUAAGAUGCUGGUAUAAACGUAUAAUAGACAU